GAGCAACAACGAAGCGGGAAGCAAGUGGGAGAAAAUUGCCAGGAGACGGGGCAGCAGGGCCCCUAGGCCGAUCGGCCUAGGCCGGCCGGCCUGCCCCCAUAAAGCCGCCACCGGGGCUCCUCUUCCACGGGCAGCAACAGUGUUGAAGAAAGCCGCUUGCCUCUUCGGAAAGAAGUCACGUUCAUCAUCAUCAAGGGCACCGUCGUCGAGCUCUUCACGGAGGCACUGGAUUUCCGAGUCUCCGCGAAGCAUGGAGGAAGACGUGGCACCAUCAAGGAGCGACAUGCUGCUCCUUGGUGGCAUGAGGAGUACAAGAGGAUCGUCCAUGUGGUACACUGAACCGCAAGGGCACACGAAGGAGCCACCCGUUCCGCCACGACACUCAACACGUUCAUCCGCUCCACCACCCUACGAGCCCAAGCGUUCCAAGCAUGGCUUCAUGAUCAAGUUGGUAGAAGAAGAGGAGAGGCUUGGUCAUCUUGAAGGGAGGAUGGUAGCGAACGUCGACUUCGACAAUGGCGCUCUCCAAGUGUUGGGAUUCUAUAUGGAUAUUUAUCAAAUUUUGAGCAACCUUGGUUGGGUGCAAUUUUCCGACGGAGUUUCAACUGACACUCACAUGGAGUUUGCAGUGGAGAUGCUUAUGACGAUGGCACCAGUCAUACAAGAAGGAGUGUCAUGCCUCUCUUUUCGCCUCAAAGAUGAAGAGCAACUAGUUCCUUAUGAAUAUAUUAGAGAGUUGCUCGGUUUCAAGAAGGAAGCCCCGGAGCAAGUUAAUGUUCAAGUUAAUGUGUUAGAAGAAUUUUGGGGAAUGAUCUCAGAGGAAGCUAAUCGGCAAAGGAAUACCAUCCGGAAUCCUAUCAUCGGGAUAUUUCACUCAUGGAUGAGCAAGAGAAUUUUGGGAAGGAUGAGAGAAACAAAGGUCACCGACAUGGAGUUAAAUUGGCUCUAUGCGGGAAUGAUAGCUAGGCAAACCAUUGACCCAUCUUAUGUCAUGAUUAAUCGGUGGGCUUGCGAAGCAAUUUCGGGGACCGGUGAUACUGGUUUGGGGUGCUAUCUGACCAUGAUAGCUAUCUCAUUAAAGCCGACAAUUAGGAGGAACCCAAAAUUCUUACUUGUUGGGACUUCUUUGGGGAUCGAGUACAUGAAGCAUGGCAAGUAUAUUAGUGGAGAUGAGAGGAGAGGGUACAAAUUGGCAAAGGUCAAUGUUCCUCUUCCAAACAUUAGGCUGAGAUUAUUCAUUGAAGGAAGAGAAAAUUUGUUAGAAGAAGGACUUCUCGUGCCGUGCCUAAUACCGCAUUCGCGGCGCCUUAUGCACAUUUGCCUCAACCGGAACAAAGUGUAGCAAUUAUUGGAGGAUAUGUUGAAAGAAAUAUGCAAGACGCCGCAGCCAUCCAAACACAUGCGAAUCAAUGGGGAGAAGGGACGGCGAAUAUCACUUUUCAAAUGGGUCGCCUUCACAUCAUGCCGCCGGAUCAAUUUAGAGGAGGACCGGCACAAUCAUACUACGAGCAAGGAUACAACGCGCAAGACUUUCAAUAUCAACCACCGGAGGAAUGAAGAAGGAAGAAGAAAUAAUGGUGCUUUCAAGUUUGGUUUGAUUUUCCUUUUUCCUUUUCUUUAUUUUCAGCUUUUUGUGCAAGUCUUUGUGUGCGCAGCAUUUUCUUUUAUUUAUUUUCAGCAUGUGUGUUAGUAGUAAUGUUUGCUUUAAUCACCAUGAAUAAAAUUUGCCACCUUGUUAUAA